GUUCGUGAUGGCAGGUUUGAGACUGAUCCUCUGAUAGGGAGGUACUGUGGGAGCUCCCUGCCCGCUGCCAUGGUCUCAUCCUCCAAUUUUCUGUGGAUUCGCUUCAGGUCUGACAGUUCAGUCAGCCGAGCUGGUUUCAGGGCUGUCUAUACCGUUGCUUGUGGUGGUACUUUGUCUGGGACUGGGCAGUUACGCUCUCCGUACCACCCCAGUGCCUAUCCCCACAACAAGGUCUGUGAGUGGGUCAUCAACCAGCCAGAGGGCAAUGUGGUCACCCUCAAUUUCCUGGCAUUUGACGUUGAGGGAGGGUCUUGUCGUUUUGACUUUGUUGAGGUGAGAGACGGUUCCACAUCUAGCUCUCCUCUGCUGGGGACAUUCUGUGGUGUUGAGAUUCCCCCCAGGCUCCAGUCAUCUCAGAGAUCUAUGUAUAUCAAAUUCAAGACUGACUCGUCUGUCAGCAACCAUGGCUUUGAAGCAGCCUAUAGCUCUGCCUUGCAGGGCUGUGGUGAUACACUGACCAGUCCCUCAGGCACCAUUACAAGCCCUGGCCACCCCACCAACUACCCCCAUGGUGCCAACUGUACCUGGUACAUCAGUGUUUCUCCAGGCAACCUGGUUCGACUGUCGUUUGAUUCCUUUAACUUGGAGUACCACAGUAACUGUAACUUUGAUUACCUGGAGGUCUAUGACAAUGGCACUGUGCAGAGUGGAACCAAGAUUGGCAGGUACUGCGGACGUUCAGUGCCUCCAUCCAUCACUAGUACUGACAGCCUGCUGACCCUUCUGUUUGUGACUGAUUCAAGUCUAGCCACAGAGGGAUUUUCUGCCAGCUAUGUCUCCAUCAAUGCUACCACAGAUUGUGGUGAGACCUUCACCACAACUACAGGGUCCUUCAGUUCACCCAAUUACCCUAACUACUACCCCAACAAUAGAGACUGCAUCUUCAAGAUCACUGUGCAGGUCAACAUGCAGAUUUUGCUGAACUUCACCAACUUUGAGCUGGAGGGUUCAUCUCCUUCUUGCAGCUUUGACUUUGUGGAGAUCAGGGAUGGUGGUUAUGAGACAUCUCCCUUAAUUGGUAAGUUCUGUGCCAGUCAGAGUCCUCCAGUGCUGGUAUCCCAUAGCAACCGCCUUUGGAUUAGAUUCCAUUCCGAUUCCACUAUAACACGUGGUGGAUUCAUUGCCCACUGGGAUGGCUCACAGACUGGCUGUGGAGGGACAUUGGCAACUGCAUCUGGGGCAUUUUCCUCCCCUAACUACCCCCUGCCCUAUCACCCUAAUGCUGAGUGCUACUGGAACAUCAGGACCAGCCAAGGCAGCCAGCUCCUUCUCUCUUUCUCUGAUUUCCACCUGGAGUCCAGCUCCGGCUGCUCUUUCGAUUACCUUGCUGUAUAUGAUGGUAACAACAGCAAUACUCCAGAGCUGGCCAGGUUGUGUGGCAAUCAGCUGACCAGCAUAAUCAACUCUUCCACAAAUCAGCUUUACAUCAAACUACGCACUGACAGCAGCAUCAGUGGUGGAGGCUUCCUCGCAUCCUACACCUCUAAAUGCCGUAGCAUGCUAAUUUCAGGCCAACAUGCAGGAGUGUUGGAGUCACUAAACUUUCCCAACAACUACCCACCCAACUCUCAGUGCAGCUGGACCAUCCAGGCCAGCAGUGGAAACACCAUUAACUACACCUUCACUUCUUUUCAACUGGAGGCCUCCAACACUUGCAACUUUGACUACAUCAAGCUCUACGAUGGACCUGACGAAAAUGCUCCUCUUAUUGGUACAUUCUGUGGAUACCGCCCCCCCACCGCCAACAGCACCACAAGCUCAGCCCUCACGAUGGUGUUCAGAACAGACUCCUCUGCAUCAAUGUCUGGGUUCCAGAUGAUGUGGUACCAGAAUGGUUGUGGUGGAGAGCUCUCUGGUCCCAGGGGCUCCUUUACCAGCCCAGACUACCCAAACCGGUAUCCAGAAAACAGAGAGUGUAUCUGGUAUAUCACCACAUCACCUGGCAGCAGCAUCACCCUCACCAUCUAUGAGUUUGAUGUGGAGUUCCACCAAGACUGCAGCUACGAUGUGCUGGAGGUGUAUGGAGGCCCAGACCUGUCAGCCCCUCAGCUAGCCAAACUCUGCAGCACCACAUCUAGCCCAAUGCAAGUCUCUAGCACUGGUAACCUGCUCACAGUGCGCUUCCAGUCUGAUGCCUAUGUCAGCGGUCGAGGUUUUAAUGCAAGCUGGGCUGAAGUCCCAGGAGGUUGUGGGGGCCCAGUCACUGCUCCAUCAGGGGAAAUCCAUUCUCCGUUGUAUCCCAGCAGUUAUCCAAAUAAUGUGGACUGUUCCUGGGUCAUAAGUGUAGAAUCCCACCAUCGUAUUCUCUUCAAUUUCUCCGACCUGGACAUUGAACAUCAUAGCAGCUGCUCCUGGGACUAUGUGGAUGUCCAUGAUGGUCCAACCAUAUAUUCUCCUCUCCUUGCCCGUGUGUGUGGCACCAGUCUUCCUCCUUCCAUUACCUCCACCCAGAAUAUCAUCACUGUUCGCUUUCGGUCUGACUCCAGUCGCAGCCACCGUGGGUUUAGUGCUCACUUCUCCGAGGCCUGUGGUUCAACAAUAAUUACAAACAAUGAGGGUGGGGCCAUUGCAUCACCACAGUACCCAGCACCGUACCCAGCCAAUCAGAACUGUAGCUGGAUCAUCAGAGCACAGGAACCAUUCAACCAUGUGACCCUGUCAUUCACUGACUUUGAGUUAGAAAUGAUCUACUCCAACUGCUCCCAUGAUGCUGUGGAGAUCCUGGAUGGAGACAACUACCAGGCGCCAUCUAUCGGGCGCUAUUGUGGCCUUGAAUUACCUCACCCGGUGACAUCCUUCAGUAACUCCAUGGUGGUCAAUUUCAUCUCUGACCACUCCGUCUCCAGAAAAGGUUUCAGAGCCACCUACUCAGCUUCCACGUCCAGUUGUGGAGGAGAUCUGGUGAUGGAGAGUGGUGCAUUUAACAGUCCCAACUAUCCAGAUGCUUAUCCGCCUAAUGUGGAGUGUGUGUGGACCAUCAAAAGCUCACCAGGAAACCGUCUUCAGCUCUCAUUUAUUAUCUUUCACCUGCAGGGAGACUCUGAAUGUGAUAAUGACUACCUAGAAAUAAGAGAGGGCAACUCCACUGGGCCUUUGGUUGGUCGCUUCUGCGGGAACUCGCUCCCCUCCAACUACACCUCUGUGAUUGGUCACAUCCUGUGGGUUAAGUUUGUCUCAGAUGCGUCAAUUAGUGGAGCAGGAUUUAGAGCCACCUUCUCACACUUGUAUGGUAAUGAAGUGAUGGGAGAGUUUGGCCAGAUAGCAUCCCCACUGUAUCCCAGAACAUACCCAAAUAAUGCAGACUACCACUGGACCAUAACUGUAGAGGGAGACAGCUACAUCCAAAUCCGCUUCUUGGACAUGGACAUUGAGGACCUGUAUGAAUGCUACUAUGAUCACAUCAAAAUCUUUGAUGGCUCCAGUGUUCAUUACUAUCCCAUCGGGACAUUCUGUGGUCUGGAUCUGCCCCCUGCCCUAAGGAGUUCUGGCAGCACUGUCACCCUGCAGUUCAAAUCAGAUUCAGUGAUUGGCGGACGAGGCUUUCUUGUUGAAUGGAGUGCAGUCCAGGACUCUGGACCACCACCCACUAUCUUACCAGGUUCAUGUGGUGGAAUGCUAAUGGCAGGGGAGAAUCCUGGCUUCUUCUAUUCUCCUGGCUGGCCUGAAGAAUACCCACUUAACCAGGAGUGUACCUGGUUGAUUCGCUCUCCAGACUCGAUUGUAGAGUUUAACAUCUUAUCUUUGGAUAUGGAGGACUACCCCACUUGCUUCUUUGACAGCCUUGUUAUUAGAGAUGGUGCAACCAGCAUGUCCCCCGUGCUGGCUAGUGUGUGUGGUCGGGACCCGCCAGGUCCUCUCCACUCCACAGGAGAUUCCAUGUUCAUUCACUUUUCCUCAGACAGCAGCGUCAGUGGCCGAGGCUUUAAUGCCUCCUACUCCAGAGGUUGUGGUGGUCUUUUGCAUGUAGACAGGGGUGUGGUGAGCAGUCCGCACCACCCCCAGAACUACAUGCCUGGUCUGGACUGUACCUGGCAUGUGAUGGUGACACCUGGCUUCAGGGUUUCUGUCACCUUCCAGAGCCCCUUCCAGAUUCAAGGCUAUGGAACUGGGUGCAGCUCAGGAGACUACCUUGAGCUAAGGAAUGGUCCAGAUGGCACUUCUCCAUUACUGGGUCAACGUCUCUGUGGUACAAGUCCCCCAUCCCUUCUCCAGACAACUGACAACCAACUCUCCAUUCACUUUGUGUCAGAUGGCAAUAAUGAGGCCAGUGGCUUUGAGCUGAUCUUUGAGGCCCACAGUCAGGCAUGUGGAGGCUUCGUUGAGCUGAAUGACAAUGACCCUCCAGGGUACAUAAGUUCACCCAACUAUCCUCAAAACUACCCCCAAAACAUUGACUGUAUCUGGGUCAUCACUGUUCCCAAUGGAGAAGCUGUCCAAAUCGACUUUGAGGAUGAAUUCUACAUUGAGACCACGACCCAAUGUAUGUACGACUACUUGGAGGUGCGUGAUGGCUCAACCACCAAUGCUGACUUAAUUUCCCGACUGUGUGGCAAUACCCGACCAUCUACCCAGCAUUCAACAGGUUCCUCCAUGCUACUUAGGUUUCGAACUGACACCAGCGUCACACAUAAAGGCUUCAAGGCAAAGUACUCCAUAGCAACAUGCGGGGGUACCUACAUAGGUCAGAGGGGUAUGGUCUACAGCCCUGGCUUCCCAGGGUCCAAUUAUCCUGACAGCUCCAACUGUGAGUGGUAUAUGGAGGGACCCACAGGGCACUACCUCACCCUUAGCUAUGGGAACUUCAGCUUGCAGACCAGUCAAGGAUGCUCUGCUGACUAUGUCGAGAUCAGAGAGUACAAUGCCUCAGGGCGCCUAUUGGGCAGACACUGUGGCAGUGACCUUCCAGCCUCUGUGGACACAUCUGACAGUUUUGCCUACGUCAGGUUUGUCAGUGACACCAGUGGGAACGCAGCUGGCUUUAGUCUGUUAUUUGAAGCCAGCGUUGAAGCCUGUGGAGGAGAGCUGAAUGCUCCCUCUGGAACUAUCUCCUCUCCCAAUUACCCCAACCUGUACCCACACAACCGGGUGUGUCACUGGGAGCUGAUAGUACCACCAGGCCGUCGGGUCACACUCACGAUCAACGACCUACGGCUAGAAGAGUCUGGUUCUUCCUGUGUAUUUGACUAUGUUGAUGUAAUGAAUGGGUUGACAGACAAUGCACCUCAACUGCAGCGAUUCUGUGGUACAGUACCAGCAGGCACCCAGGUGCGCUCUUCUGGCAAUACCAUGACUGUUGUGUUCCGUACAGACGCAUCCGAGGCUAAUGGUGGCUUCAUGGCUUCUUACUCCUCUGAGGAGCCUGCAGAGUGUGGUGGAGUCCUGAACAACCCAGCGGGUGGAAACUUCACUUCCCCUGGGUACCUGGUGUCCAACUACAGCAACAACCUCAACUGUGAGUGGCUGAUCCGGAACACUCGGCACGUUAAUUCCUCUAUUGUGGUGCUCAUAGAAGACCUGCACCUGGAGACUCAUCAGACUUGCGAUUCAGACUACCUCCAGUUCCGUUUAG